GCAACCUUUCUUUUCUCUGUGCUCUCUGUUUUCUCUCUCUCCUAUUUUCGAGGACCAAGUCUCUGUGAAAACCUAGCUAGAGCGAUGUUGAGAGUAGCAGGGAGGAGGCUCUCCUCUCUUUCACGCUGGUCGCCGUCGUCCGCUCCGGCGAGCUCAGCCCUUCUCUCCAGAAUCCAGCCAUCCAAUGGCAGUGAUGGCUCCUCCAGAUCCAUCUCCUCUCCUCAUCUCUUUAAUUCCGAAUUUCGAGAUCUAAUCAGAGGAUUUUCUUCCGAGUCCCUUGCUCCAAGCCAUGACUUGGGUAUGAUCUCAGACCUCCCACCUACUGUGGCAGCUCUGAAGAAUCCCACUUCGAAAAUUGUGUAUGAUGAGCACAACCAUGAGCGAUUUCCCCCUGGCGACCCCAGCAAGCGUGCAUUUGCCUACUUUGUAUUGACUGGUGGGAGGUUUAUUUAUGCCUCAUUGAUCCGUCUCCUGGUGCUUAAGUUUGUUCUGAGCAUGUCUGCUAGCAAAGAUGUUCUUGCACUUGCCUCUAUCGAGGUUGAUCUCUCCAGCAUUGAGCCUGGGAGCACUGUUACUGUCAAGUGGCGAGGGAAGCCAGUAUUCAUUAGGCGUCGGACUGAAGAUGACAUCAAGUUGGCUAAUAGCGUUGAUGUUGGGUCCCUUCGUGAUCCACAGGAGGAUGCAGUCAGGGUCAAGGACCCGGAAUGGCUCAUUGUUAUUGGGGUCUGCACCCACUUGGGCUGCAUCCCCUUGCCAAAUGCUGGUGAUUUUGGUGGUUGGUUUUGUCCAUGCCAUGGCUCCCACUACGAUGUCUCUGGCAGGAUCCGCAAAGGGCCAGCACCCUACAAUCUUGAGGUACCCACUUACAGCUUCUUGGAGGAGAACAAGUUAAUGAUUGGCUGAGAAUCGAUGGAGGAGUAAUAUUAUAGGGGCAGUGCUGCUAUAGCAGGACAUCUCGUUUGAUAUUUGUUUCCUUUAAACAAAGGGAAGCCAUGAGUUAUUUGCAGAUUUAUUUUAUUUUUCUCUGGUUUCAAUCACUUACGCUCUACAUAAAUUGGACAGUGCAUCUACUGCCAAUUCUGGACAGUGCUCUGCCAUCCUGAAUAAAUACAAUUGCCAUUUAUUUAAGCGCAUUUAGUUUAACUUGUACUUGAAACCUAUUGUGUUAAAAAGUAUUUUUCUGACUGAAUGUUUCUUUUUC